CACGAGACAACACGGAGCGAGUGGAACCGAGAGGAAAGAGAAGAGGAAGAAGAAUAAAGAAGAGGAAGAACUGUGGUUUCAUCAACGAGUCUUCUUCGUGAAGCUCUCCUUUCUGCCGGCGGCACCCCCCUGCUGUUGAGGCUGUGGUAUGAGCCUUUGUGGCAGGAAGGCGCUGACGUUGCUGAGCAGCGUGUUCGCUGUUUGCGCCCUGGGCCUGCUGGGGAUCGCUGUUAGCACCGACUACUGGCUGUACCUGGAGGAGGGCGUCAUUCUCCCCCUCAACCAGAGCACCGAGAUACGCAUGUCCCUGCACUCUGGUCUCUGGAGGGUUUGCUUCCUGGCUGGGGAGGAGAAAGGUCGAUGUUUUACCAUCGAGUAUGUGAUGCCCACCAAUGUCCAGAUGACAUCUGAGUCCACUGUUAGUGUUCUCAAGAUGAUCCGUUCUGCCACACCUUUCCCUCUGGUCAGCCUCUUCUUCAUGUUCAUCGGUUUUGUGCUCAGCAACAUCGGCCACAUCCGACCACAUCGCACCAUCUUGGCCUUUGUUUCUGGAAUCUUCUUUAUUCUGUCAGGUCUGUCUCUGGUCGUUGGUUUGGUCUUGUACAUCUCCAACAUUAACGACGAGAUGUUGAACAGGACCAAAACCAAUGAAGCCUACUUCAGCUACAAGUAUGGCUGGUCGUUCGCCUUUGCUGCCAUCUCCUUCCUACUCACUGAGGCAGCCGGUGUCAUGUCGGUGUAUCUGUUCAUGAAGCGCUACACAGCGGAGGAAAUGUACCGGCCCCAUCAGGGCUUCUACCGGCCCCGACUCAGCAACUGCUCCGAUUACUCCGGCCAGUUCCUCCACCCAGACGCCUGGGCCGGUCGAGGCCGCAGUGCCUCCUCCAUCUCCUCUGAGGCCUCGCUCCAGAUGAACUCCUCCAACUACCCUGCCCUCCUCAAGUGUCCGGAGUACGAACAGAUGUCCUCCUCACCAUGCUGAGGCAGUGGUGUCAACACCUAUGGUGUCAAUUUGAUCUGCCUGGAUCUUGUCCUAUGAUUUGAUAUUAUCCAGCUUGAAUCACAACAAGUCCCUUCUGCAAGUGUCCUGAUAUGACCUGAUUCUCUCUCUACCCUCACCACUGCUGAUUUGUUUUGGUCACACCUUUUAGUUCUGUGGGGAGUUAAAGUUAAGUUGAAGGUUUGCCAGUUCACUUUAUUCACAGCUGACAGGUCUUAUUCCAUGUAGAGCUGGCUGAGAAAGGAAAGAGGUUGACAAGAUUGUACUUUUAUCUGCUUUUUCGACUGUUACUUGACAAACUGACCAAGAUCGGGUGACAUUAUCUGAGAGUAGUAACUUGUGUAGCUUCAAUUUGACUGUUACACGCUUCACAUCUGCAGACUCAGAGAGCUGAGUAUAGAUUAAAGCUGCAUAGAUGGCCAUGUGCAAUUGGUGUGCACAAAUUUAAAGUCAAACAUCAUAGUAGGUUGUAUCAGUCAGGAAGCAGAAUUAUCUCUGGAGUAGAGGAGGCUUUUUAAGGGGGGUAAGAUUAAGUUGUGAAAAGUUUCUUUUGUCUAGAAAAUUGCACAUGUGCACCAGCAGGUUUAUCUCACAUCCUCAGUCUCCAAUAUUUAAGAGCAGCUCUUUGUUGUUGUAAUAUAAUGUCAGUUUUUUCAUGUGCACCACAACAGUUUCAGCCACGUUCACGUGAAGUCAGGACCCAGAGCUCAGCUAUUUUCCAUGUUUCAGUGCAGAGCUUCAUGAUACACAUGAUGAAUGUGAGUUUCAACCAUUUAAAUAGAAUCAAUUUAAUAAAACCAAACAUAGACUGACUGGGUUACAUGAUGGGAGAGUUGGGUCGAUAACAGAUUGUGUUUGAACGUCCAUGUGAACCUCACCUCUUUCUGAACUUUCAGCCAUGUACAUAUACCAAAG